UCGAGUUCAUCGUUUUAUAUAUAUAGUGCCCCAAAAGUCGAUUUAUUGACUAGCCGAUAGUCGACCUAGCUACCCCUAUUCUCUUUUCUUUCUGAACUGAACAAAAAAAGUUCAUCGAGUAUUUUCAUUCAAUCGGUCACGAAGUAAGAACAGAAAACCUCCAACAACAUGCCGAAAAACAAGGGUAAAGGUGGUAAAAAUCGUCGCCGUGGAAAGAACGAAAAUGAAUUCGAGAAACGUGAAUUGAUUUUCAAAGAAGAUCAGCAGGAAUAUGCCCAAGUGACAAAAAUGUUGGGAAAUGGCCGUUUGGAGGCAAUGUGCUUUGAUGGUGUGAAACGUUUGUGCCACAUUCGGGGGAAACUCAGAAAGAAGGUCUGGAUCAAUCAAGGCGACAUCAUUCUGGUUGGUUUGCGUGACUAUCAAGACUCCAAGGCUGAUGUUAUUCUCAAAUACACCUCGGAUGAAGCUAGAAAUUUGAAAACAUACGGUGAAUUCCCCGAAUCGGUGCGUAUCAACGAUACAGUCACCUUCGUUGAGGAUGGUUUCGAUGAGGACAUUGAAUUCGGUGAUGAAAUCAGUUCAGAUGACGACGCUGACUCUGUGGACAAUAUCUGAUUAACAGCUAAAUCGAAGAGAGAAAAUAUAGAAGAAGAAGCGAAAUAAUAGAGAAAACAAGAAUAAAACAGGCAAACGCAGAGGAAGACAUAUUAAGAGAAAUUGAAAAUUGAAAAACCAUCAUUAAUUCAGGAGAGCAAAAGGAAGAGAAGGGUGCAUGAAUUACGGAAUAUAUAUAUACAAAUUGUCCACAGAGAAAUUUACCAAACAAAACAUCAAGCGGGAGAGCAGUCAAAGGAAUAAGAGCACGAUUUAUUUAUAAUUCGAUGAAAAGGAGGCAGCCUUUAUUAAUUUCCAAAAAAAGAAAGGCACCAAAUAAAUCGUUGAAGAGAACAAAAGAAAAAUAAAAUCAAAUACCAUUUAAAAAAAGAUUUCAAAGAAGACAGCAGACGUUAAACGUACUCUCUAAAAAAAUAAAACUAAUAAUAAAAUAAAUUUAAAUUAAAUAUACAAAAUUAAAUAAACAAAACAUUUCAGCAGCAAUAACAACAGUAUAAAAAAUUAAAAUACAGUGUAAACUUUUUAGAAAUAAAACAAAAUACAUAUAUAUUAUUCUUCAAACAACAACAGCCCCAUACAACCUAACACCACACCUUAAUUAUUGAGAAAAAAUAUAUAGAAAAAUACAAAACAACAAGAACUAACAGAAACAGAAUAAUUUCUCUCAGAUAUAUUAUUAUUAAAAAGUCAAAACAAAAACAAUUUAUUAAUAAUAAAAUUUAAACAAGUAUAUAUAUUUAAAAAAUGAAAUUUAUCCUCCUGAAAGGCAAAAAACUCAAUAAAACAAACUUUACAAAUAAUA